AUGUAUUUCAUGCCCCUCGCUCUUUAUUUCGCCGCGAUCGCCCGGGCUGUGCCCGCUGAUACAACAAAUUUGGGUACACCCGAGGUGAAAACGGUAACCUCUGAGGUGACUGUAACCGGUUCUACAGUGACUGCAGUUGAAACACAAACCUCAUCCUCCGAUGCAGAGGCUUUGUCUCCUAUUCGGCCUAACGCUGACAAGUUUACAACAAUGACUGUGUCUUCCAAUGAAGAAGCCUUGUCUAUCAUCGUCUCUGAAGAGGAGGCUCUCAUGCCGACUUAUCCGAGCUGGGUCAAAUCAGUCCUCGCAACCGCUAUACCGACUACUUGGGAGGAGGCAAUGGAGACCAACGUAGCAUUCAUGAAUUCCGAGUUGGACAGGGAGAAAUCUGGUAUCUUGCCGGACUGGUAUUCAAGUCUGCCCAGUGAUGUCAAGUACAUUGUCACCAGUGAUGAAGCUGUAUAUGCCUCUGAGCUGUCCACGUUCAAGUGGCCUGCCUUCGUUAUAAGUACGCCCACUGCUACCGCUGGUUCUUCUGUUACCUCGUUAUCAUCAUCGACGACCAUGAGUACCAGUGGAUCGGGACCUACUGCCUCCCAAUUGAACACCGCGACGACUUCUACGUCUUCUGGUAGCGCGCCUGUCACUACCGGAGGAUUUGCCAUGGGUAUUGUGGGUGGUGCUGGUAUUCUUGGCCUGGCUCUCGUUCUAUAA